UUGUUCGUAGGACACGCACGCACCGAUAUUUCUGUUAAACAUUUUUAAGUGGAUCAUAGAGUAGUUAUGAACUAAAUACAGAUUUGUUUACAUUGUUGUACGCGGCCAACGGUUUAAAUUUGGCAAACCGCAAUUGAUCGACGUUUUAAAAUACAAAUGUAAAUCGAUUAUCUCAGUGUCUGGUUAUAAAUUUAAGUGUGAAGUCAUGGGUGCGGUGAAAAGUAAAAUUGAGAGAUGUUGCAACACGAAGUGUGGAUGCUGUGGUUUGAGAUAUGCUGAUUCAUAUGAUCUCAAAGACUUGCCUCGCCCACCGCGGCUGGAUAUAUCCAACGAUGUCAUCGACGGGACAAGACAAGGCGUACUCGCCGUGCAAGGAAUCGACUUCUGCAUAGAAACAAACGGAGAAAAUCACCACACAAAUAAAUUUAACCUCAUGACAAGAGAUGUGGACAGGUGUCUUGUUGUAAGACGAGGCCAGCCUUUCAAACUGGAUAUCCUUUUAAACAGACCGUACGAUGCAAACAGAGAUGCUGUUUCUUUCAUAUUUUACGUAUCAGAUGUGGAGAAACGUGGACCGUCUGACGAUACAUCUGCUGCCGUGCCUAUGCUAGAGAAGGGUUCGGAGACGCUCGGAUCAUGGAACGCCGUGUACGAAGGUCAAGUUGACUCUCAUCUGAUGGUGGCUGUCACUCCUUCUGCUGACUGCAUUGUGGCUUCCUGGCGGUUGGAUGUUGACACCAGACUGAACGGAGGCAGCUCACUGAGUUACACUCACCCGCAGCCUAUCUACGUGCUCUUCAAUCCCUGGUGUUUGAAUGACAGCGUUUAUAUGCCAGGUCACAGUCAUCGCGAGGAGUAUGUUCAAGAAGAUGGUGGGUUGAUGUUCAGAGGCGUGUACAAUAGAAUUAAACCUACGCCAUGGAAUUAUGCGCAACAUGAGAAAGAUAUUUUGGAUUGCGCACUUUAUCUAGUCAGAGAAAUCGGAAAGGUAAAAGGUCGUGCCCGAAGUGACCCAAUACGAACUGCUCGAGCGCUGUCGGCUGCGGUGAACGUCCAGGACGACAACGGAGUCCUGAUGGGAAGGUGGGGCAAGGAGUUGAGCGACUACAGCGGGGGAUCCCAUCCGCUGAAGUGGGUCGGCUCGCUCGCCAUCCUACAGAGCUAUUACGAGAAGAAGAAACCGGUCAAAUUUGCGCAGUGUUGGGUUUACGCGGGUGUUUUGACUACGGUAUGUCGGGCCCUGGGUAUCCCAUGUCGGCCGGUCACUGGGUAUGAUGCAGCUCAUGAUAGCCAGGGCAGCCUCACCAUCGACAUCAUAAAGGAUGAGGAAGGGAAUACUUUAGAGGAGUUCACGAGGGACUCUGUUUGGAAUUAUCACGUGUGGAGUGAGGUUUGGAUGGAGAGACCGGACUUGGGGCCCGAAUAUGGAGGCUGGCAGGCGAUUGACUCUACUCCUCAAGAGACCUCUGAAGAUAUGUUCCGAUGUGGCCCCGCCUCCCUGCGAGCGGUGCGGGAUGGAGAGCUUCAAAGACCAUAUGAUGCUGGAUAUGUUUUCGCCCAAGUUAAUGCUGACAAAGUUCUAUGGAAGUAUUCGGGUGAAAUCCAACCGCUAAAAUUAAUAGCCCGCGACACGACUUCAAUUGGUCAAAAUAUAUCAACUAAAUCAAUUGGUAAAAUGGAAAGAGAGGAUAUAACGGAUCUAUACAAGUAUCCGGAAAGCACGCGGGAAGAGCGACUUACAAUGGAAAAAGCUCUCAGAAAAUCGGAGAGUAUAUUCGCAAGAUAUUAUUUGAAUGAUGCGUUCAAUGAAAUCGUGUUUGACUUCGAACUCAGGGAUGACAUCAAGAUUGGACAAGAUUUUAACGUUAUUCUUCACAUGAAGAACCGAUCAACAAUAAACCAGCACAAUGUGAAGGGCGUGCUCAGGGUCGAUACUGUUACCUACACCGGCGUCACGGGCGAUGGAGUCAAGAGAGAAGAGUUCGACCGCGUGCUUGCACCCGAGGCGAAGGACAGAAUCAGCCUGCUCGUCAAAUUUGAUGACUAUUAUAAAAAACUUGUCGACCAGGCGUCAUUCAACAUUGCAUGCCUUGCCACCAUAGUCGACAAAAACUUUGAUUACUUCGCUCAAGAUGACUUCCGAGUACGCAAUCCUGAUAUUAAAAUAACAAUUGAAGGCAAACCCGUCUCCAAAAAAGAGAUUACAGUCACUGUUAAGGUUGAGAAUCCACUGCCCAUUCCGCUGAAGAAUGGAAAGUUCUACAUCCAAGGUGUAGGACUCGAGAAACAAUUGAAGAUCGAACUGGAUAAUAAUGUCCAACCCGGUGAAUUCGCGACUGCAGAGUUUAAGUUAACUCCGCCUUGGGCCGGCAAACACCAAAUAUCAGCUAAAUUUACUUCCAAAGAAAUGCAUGACGUUGAUGGUUUUUUGUCCUUCCUUGUUGCCAUGCCAGAGUCGAAUGGAAUACUGCCGAUAGAUGGCGUUGAAACAAGACAGAUAUGAUAAUUUGCCUGACGGAAUAAAAUUGUAUAUAAAUUGAUUUGAUGUGUUAGGUGUUCCAAAUCAAUGAAGAAUUAUUGGCUGAACCAAUAAAAUUAUUAUAUCUAGAGGCUUGAGGCAUAAUAUAUUUUUGUAUUUAUAUUAACAUAUUGUAGUGUAUUAUAAUAAUACAGCGUGGUGUUAAUAAACACUAGACAGCUACUUAAACAGUCAUAAUAAAACUGUAAUAGUUAUUUAUGCAACUGUUGUGUAAUAAGGGGUAUUAAAACACGAAUGCGGAUUUAUCUCACGAGGCGAAGCCGAGUGUGAUAAUAGUAUCACAUGAGUGUUUUAAUACCUAAUUAUCAACAGUUGCAUACAAGACUUUAUCUACACCCAGAAUAUGAAUCCUCUAAAAGAUUCUGGAACAGUUAGCUUACUGCUAACAUUAAAACACCAGUCUAGUAGUAACCUAAUAUCAUUCGUUACUGAUUAUAUACAAAUAAAAUAAGUAUUAAUGAAACAAUUAUUUAUUUUAGUAGUAAUUUACAUUUUGUAUAGUGCAAUAAUUAAAAUUCACUCGAAUAUAAUGUUCUUUUGCAGCGUUUAAAAUGAAUCGCUCAUUUUUUGUAAACAAAACAAUAAAAAAAACGAAGAAAAAUGGCGGGGAUUCGAAUAACCUACUUUUUUUUUACGGCGCGCGACGUUCUGGGAGUGUGGAGCGCGCGUAAACGAAAAUGUUUUUUUGAAAUUCAUACAGAUACCACGCAUCGAGCAAUAAGAAUGUGGCUGUAUGUUGAAACUCUUUGCGCAUGAAGGGAUAAAAAAAAAACGUAGGAGUGUUGUUAUGAAAUUCAGUACAACAUUACAACACUCUUUUGGGUGAUGUAAUGGUUAUUAGAACAUUGGGUGUUUUAAUGUUGGCAAUAAGCUAACUGUUUCAGAAUCUUUAAUAGAGGAUUUAAAGCAUGGGUGUAGAUAAAUAAUUGAAAUUUAUAAACAAACGAAAUAUAUAAUAUGUAUUUAAUAUUUAAAAUUAUAAUCAUCCUUACGGCUUACGUGGUCGCACAAGACGUAGUCAUGAAGUAGGUGUCAGUGCACGGUACGGUAGCUCGUAUGUUCCAAAAUGAUAUCAUAUAAAAUUUAAUUAUGUACGUGAAUGUGUUCGUUUAUUUUUUUUAAUAUAAUAUUUAUGAUUAUGGCUAAGUAGCAGACGUGGUUUUAUUUUAUGUUUAAUUUUUAUUGACUACGCUGUAUGUGAUACACAAAUAAAUCGAUAUACAAAUAACUUUUCAGUCCAUUAUGAUCAAUUAUUUAAACUAUGUCAUAGUGUCUGUCUGGGAGUGAAAUAUAAGAGGGAUUUUAAUAUAAUAGGUAAUUUUUUAGAGCCAAAAAACACUCACAUAUUUUAUCAAUCGUUAUCAUAAAAUUGCUGACUAAGCAUGUAUAUUUCCAAUCAUGUAUCAAAGCUAGUCAUAAGAAUUUGCCACGAAAAUGUCCGACGUUAAGCAGAAUACUUCUGAGGCAAAGAAGGUAAGAAUUCUAUAAGAUCUAUAAGAUAAUUUUGAUUUAAUCUGCCAACAUAAAUAAAUUAAACAUUAUUUA